AUGAACGCCGACAAUGUACGUCGCUUCACAGGCGGACCAAAAAGGUCCUUCGAAGUCCGUCGACGUAACGAGCCCGAAGAUGACUUCGAGCAACAAUCUUCAACUCGAAUCGGGUAUCAGCCCUUCCAGCGCACUCCCGUCGCCGACUACCCCCAUUCCAUCACCUCAAAUGCCUCAGCCGACAGCGGCAGCACUCCCACCCCAUCAACCCCUAGCCUUCGCACCUUCGCACCACCAGCCUACUUCCUUCCCAAAAAAAGGUGGUACUUCAUUACAACCCUCCGCAUCCUUCUCCUCUCCCUAACCUACUUCCUCGCACAAGUCGACAAAUUCCUAAUAUCCUACUACUCCAAACCUAUAACCGCUUCCCUUCACCUCGCCCCCUCGCAAUACGCCCAAAUAUUAUCUUACUGGACUGGCGUCGUCUACAUCCCCGCCUCCAUCCUCAUUGCCUGGUUCGCAGACUACCAAACCUGUCGCGUCAAACUCCUCGCCUUUCUUGCGGGUUUCUGGAGUCUGUGCGUGGUAUGUCAGGGACUUGCACAAAAUCAUAGGCAUAUGCUGCUUGCGAGGAUGGGCAUGGGGAUUGGACAGGCGGGUAGCGAGGCCUUGAGCGUCAGCUUGAUAUCCGAUUUGGCAGCUUGGCCGGAGGUUUUUCUCGGCGAGAGUGUUCUGUAUGUUGCGAUUUACCUUGGGGAUGCAGUGGCGGGGAGGAUCGCGCUGGCGUUUGAAACCACAGGGAUCCCGAAGUGGGAUAGUGCUAUGAAGUGUACGGGGAUGAUUGGAAUUGUCCUGGCGUCACUAAUCAUGGCCGGGGUUGCGGAACCAGUGAGGCAAACCGGGCUUGUUGAGGUAUUAGAGAUGAGUGAGGAAGCGAAAGAUUUGAAACGUGAGAGGAAGUCUAGAGGAUUUAAAGGGAGCUGCAAGAGAAUCUGGAUUGAGAUGAGCUCGAUAUGUAGGUAUAUGAUCAAGCUUCAAAGCCUCUGGAUCCUAGUCCUCAGCUCAGCAAUCCGCCACAGCGCUGCGAACGUUGUCGGAUACUACAUGCCAGGCUACAUCAAUAACAUCUAUCCCUCCCAACCCAGUCUCCGCGAAACCUAUGGUCUCAUCCUCGGAGCCACUAGCUCCUUAUCCGUCCUUCUCGGUGGCCUCAUCGCGUGCCUCCUCUGGAGAUACACAAAAACCUGGAAAUAUCACUCCUUACCACUCUGGAUUGCAGCCGUCGGUGGCCUCAUCUGCAGCGUCUGCCUCAUCUGUGCUGUCUUCUCCCACACCUCUCGCUCUGAACCUACAGCCCUUAGGGUCCUCUACAGCACCCUCACCUUCGCCAUCUUCGCUUCAGAAACCUGGCUCGGAUGUCUCUCAACGAUCAUCACUGGUCUUCUUCCCCCAGACUACAAGACCUUUGGCUUCGCGGUCUGUGGCGCAAUGCAGUGGAUGAUAUACUCCCCAGCCCCUGAAAUAAUCCGCUUCUCAUUGACGAAUGUAGACCCGGAGAGUCCCAGAUAUACGCGGAUAAUUCAAGUGUGUUUGGGUACAAUACCACCGGUCUGUUACUUUUGGGCCGGGGUUGGGUUUAUUUUUGCGGGUUGGGGGUUGCGGAGAGACUUAGAGGAUCGGGAUACAUCGAGCAGAAAGUCGGAUACAAGGCGGCAGUUGUAUUUCGUUGGCGUGUUCAUUUUCUUCGCCACUGUGGUACUUGUUUUGGUGGUGCUAGACGUUCGGUUGGGAUGAUGAUACAUGAU